AUGGCGCCACCGACGCGGGCGACGCGCGAGGCCACGGCGCGGCGCGAACGCGCGGGCGUUCGAGCGAGAGAACCCGCAUCGCGCGCGUUGCAGAGGCCACGGCGGCCGACGACGACGACGACGCGAUCGAUGGGCGCUGGAGACGACGCCGGGGAGACGAUGGUGGGAUCGGCGCGCGCGGACGGGCGCGCGCGACGGGUGUUGGAUGGUCCGAAACCGACGCUCAUCGUGGACCUGGGCGCGGGGACGGUGAAGGUGGCGCCGACGCGGAGACAAAAGUCCGCGGCGACGACGGUGCGGGAGCAGGCGGUGAAGCGGGUAUCGGUGGAGAUGAAGAAUAAGGGUAACGUGAACAUAGGGAUGCUGGAGGCGGAGGAUGUGGACGACGCGACGAAUUUGGUCAUGGAUUUGUUCUUCAAGGUUCGUCCGCAGGAUAUCUUGGCGAAGAAUCGAUUGCGGUUUGAACAGUCCCAGCGCGUCCGCGGGGGUCUGCUGGACGGGGUGCAAAAGGCGGAAGAUCGCAUCCUGAUCGGGGCCAAGGUUGGGAGCGUGUUGGUCGGCAUCGCGGAGGUUUCGUUGCCGAACGGGAACAGGUUCGGGGCGGACCGUCUGCAACCUCGCGCGCCGAAAGAUAAGGCGUAUUUAUCGGACGUGUGCGUGAGCCCAACGCAGCGUGGACGCGGUAUCGGGAAACAGCUCGUCCUGGCGGCCGAGCGCGCGAUGGUGAACAUGGGUGAGAAUAUUCUCUACACGCACACAAAGGUGGAUAACGAAGCCGCUCAGAUUCUCUUCGAGAAGUGCGGUUACGAGGAACCACCGGAGAUCAAGGCGACGCUCACUUCGGCGCAGAUCGCGCAACGUUCGAGCAAGAAUAACCCCUUUGCGAAGCUCGGUCUCGUCGAUGUUGGACACAUUUUGCUCGCAAAGCCGCUCACGAACACUCAACUUCCUCCAUGA